AUGGCCGAGAAAGUGUAUCGCGCCAGCACCACGGCGCCGGUCAAUAUCGCCGUCGUCAAGUACUGGGGCAAGCGCGAUGCCAAGCUCAACCUGCCGACCAACAGUUCGCUCUCCGUGACGCUCUCGCAGUCGGACCUGCGCACGCUCACCACCGCCUCCUGCUCCGCCGCGUACCCGGCCGCCGACGGCGACUCGCUGCUGCUCAACGGCGAGCCGUCCGAUGUCUCGGGCGCCCGCACGCAGGCCUGUUUCCGUGAGCUGCGCGCCCGCCGCGCCGCCCUCGAGACCGCCGAUGUGUCCCUCCCGAAGCUGUCGACCAUGCCCCUGCGCAUCGUCUCCGAGAAUAACUUCCCGACCGCGGCGGGGCUGGCGUCGUCGGCGGCUGGCUUCGCCGCCCUGGUGCGUGCCAUCGCCGACCUCUACGAGCUGCCCGCGUCGCCGGCCGAGCUGAGCUUGAUCGCCCGGCAGGGCUCCGGCUCGGCCUGCCGCAGCCUCUUCGGCGGCUACGUGGCCUGGCGCAUGGGCGAUGCCGCCGACGGAAGCGACUCGGUGGCCGACCAGGUGGCCGAGGCGGCGCACUGGCCCGACAUGCGGGCGCUGAUCCUGGUCGUGUCGGCCGCCAAGAAGGGCGUCAGCUCGACCUCGGGCAUGCAGCAGACCGUCGCUACCUCGGGUCUGUUCCAAGAGCGCAUCGCCCGCGUGGUGCCGCAGCAUAUGGCCGCCAUGGAGAAGGCCAUCCGCGAGCGUGACUUUGCCGCCUUCGCCGAGGUCACCAUGCGCGACUCCAACUCGUUCCACGCCACGUGCGCCGACACCUACCCGCCCAUCUUCUACAUGAACGACGUGUCGCGGGCGGCCAUCCGCGCCGUCGAGCAGAUCAAUGCCGCCGCCGGCCGGACGGUGGCCGCGUACACGUUCGAUGCCGGGCCGAACGCGGUCAUCUACUACCUCGAGAAGGACGCCGAGGCGGUCGUCGGCACCCUCUACCACGUCCUCGGCGCGGCGGUCGACGGCUGGAAGGACGCUGUCGUCAAGGGGCUGAAGCCUACGGUGACCUUGGAUGAGGCGGUUGCCGGCUUGCUGAAGAGCGGCGUGAGCCGGGUGAUUUUGACGGGCGUUGGGGAGGGCCCCGCCAAGACGGACGAGCAUCUGGUUGCCGAAGACGGAACGCCAGUGACAGCGAGGAGAUAGCCUGGCUCACGGCCUCAGUGGCACCCAGUUCUGAUUAGGGCGAAGGGCAAAACCUGUAGCUUACAGUAGCAUCAGAAGGGUUCAGUCCUGGAAUCACAUGCAUUUCGUCAGUUCUGGUUGCGUAAAAUGCACAUGGUCAUGCUGUCCACCCUGGCCUGCGUCCAUAUGUCGCAGUGAAGGACGAUUGAUAUGAUAAGCGCAAUCCAAUACACAUUACAGUACGGAUU